UUCCAUUAGUAAAUUUUCACUCACCAGCACGCGCGCUCUCUCUCUCUCCCUCUCUCUCUCUCUCUCCUGAUGCUCAACUCCAAAAUGCCAUGCCCAGAAAUCUACAGACCUUCUCCCAUACCUCAGAGGCUUUUAAUUUCCUCUGUUUCUCAACUCCGUGACACUGAUAUCUACUCCUCACCACUUUCCACUCUCAAUUUUGUUCCCAUUCUGACUUGCAUCCCCCACAUUCAACCCAGAUCUUGAACUCUUGCUCCAUUUCAAAACAAAAUCUUUCUAAAACUCUCCCUCCACAGACUCCUACAAGAAAUACCCACAACUUUCCUUCAUCAACCAAACCCACAGACAAUUUCUCCCACGAAAUGGCAACCCAACACAAGCUCAUACUAAUAAUAGUCCCCACCACUUUCUCUCUCUUACUACUCAUCCUCUUCUUCAUCAUCUUCUUGCGCCGAAACAGACCCAAAAAAAAUGAACCAGCUCAAAUGGAAGCUGGGUUUGAGUCCAGACAUGUAGGUGAUGCGGAGAACGAAGAGUUAAUUAAGUUUCAAUGCGGUGAAGAUCUAACGGUACACGACAUACUGGACGCCCCCGGUGAGGUGAUUGGGAAAUCCAGCUAUGGAACGCUGUACAGGGCGAGUUUGAUAAGGGUUAACUCGGUUGUGGUGCUCAGGUUCUUGAGGCCGGCUUGUACUGGGGGGAUGAAUGAAGUGGUGCGCCUAAUUCAGGUUCUGGGUUCGAUUAGGCACGACAAUUUGGUGCCUUUGAAGGCGUUUUAUGGAGGGCCGAGGGGUGAGAAGCUUCUUGUUCAUCCGUUCUUUGGUUGUGGCAACUUGGCCCAAUUCACUAGAGAUGAAAAUGGCAAUUCUCACAGGUGGGACAUCAUAAGUAAGAUAUCGAUCGGUAUUGCCCGAGGGUUAGAUCAUCUUCACACUGGAUUGCAAAAGCCCAUAAUCCACGGAAACCUCAAGUCGAAAAACCUCUUCUUGGAUUGGAAUUACCAUCCGUAUGUUUCAGAUUUUGGCAUACAUCUCCUCUUGAAUCCCACAUCAGGGCAAGAAAUGCUCGAAGUAUCUGCAAGUCAGGGAUAUAAAGCCCCUGAGUUAAUCAAAAUGAGGGACGCAAGUGAAGAGACCGAUAUUUACAGCCUUGGAGUGAUCUUACUAGAACUACUUACGGGAAAGGAACCGAUAAAUGAGAAUCCAACCCCUGAUGAGGAGUUUUAUUUGCCAAACGCAAUGAGAAAUGCUAUUCUUGAGCAUCGAAUUACGGACUUAUACCAUCCGGACAUUCUUCUAGGGCAAGGCAUUGAUCAAAUCCCGAUUAUUGAAGAACAGAUCCUCAAUUUCUUCCAGCUUGCAAUGGCUUGUUGCUCGCCUUCGCCUUCUCUUAGGCCCCACAUAAAGCAAGUGCUUGGGAAGCUUGAAGAAAUUGGAAAGUAGGGACCUGGGUUUUUCAGAAAAUAGACACGGUAUGCAGAUGAAAGUCAUUUGAGGCAAUUGAUGUGAAGCUGAAUACAGUAGUUGUGCCAAAACAAUGAUGUGGUUUGAUGAAGAAAUCAAGCAAGAAUUCAACAUUUUAACCAUCCAAUUCUGGGUGUGGAUAUAAUGUCAUGGGCACCAAGCAGAAGUCUGUUAUGUUGUGGUCCCUUGGGGCAGAAAUAAUUGAAGAGUUUUCAACAAGCUAAUUAAACAAGAAGUGCAAGAAGUGUAACAGGAUUGUUGAUUAUUUGGGUCCCUACUUCCAUAAUGCUGUGAGAGAGGAAGAAGGCCAUACAAAUUAACAGCACGAGUUAUGUCAGGAAUUUGAUCUUUGGAAUUGUUAGUUGAAGCAUGAAAGAAGUUGACUGUUUGGUUCC